CCCAGGCGAAGAAGGCCCGCUUGUUGCGGACAAGCAAAGGUUUUAGUUCUUAGGACGGGUGAUUUUCAUUCGAGCCGUGAUAGUCCGCGAAUGGACGCGAACCUCGAGAAUGCUCUUCAGGAAGGGAAGCUCAGGCGGCAGAUCAAUGACUUGAUUGUAGCCCAUCUUCGCGGCGACAAUCUCAAUCAGGCUGCUUCUGUAGUUGCAACGGCUACUAUGACUCCAUUGACCACCGAGGUUUCUCCUAAUAGGCUGCUUGAGCUUGUUGCCAAGGGCAUUGCAACAGAGAGAGAUGAGGGAUUAAAAGGACCUUUUUCUACUGCACCUCUUGAUGCAUCCACAAGUUUAUCUUCAGUGCCAGUUAUGGCCAGUGGUAUUGAUUUCAGUGCCAUGCAGGAUGUGAAAGGCUCAUCUAAGAAUUUCCCAAAACACGAGACCAAGCAUAUUUCUGAGCAUAAGAAUAUUGCAAGGUGUGCAAGAUUUAGUCCUGAUGGGCAGUAUGUUGCCACUGGGAGUUCGGACUAUUCAAUUAAGCUUUUUGAGGUUUCCAAAAUUAAGCAAAUAAUGGGAUUUGAUGCUCGAGAUGGACCAAUUCGUCCUGUUAUUCGGACAUUUUAUGACCAUGCAGAGCCUAUCAAUGAUCUAGAUUUUCAUCCACAAGGCACGAUAUUGAUAUCCGGUGCAAAAGAUAACACCAUAAAGUUUUUUGAUUUUUCAAAAACGGUUGCAAGGAAAGCAUUUAGGGUCAUUCAGGAUACUCAUAAUGUGAGAUCUGUAUCUUUUCAUCCUUCCGGGGAAUUUCUUUUGGCAGGUACAGAUCAUCCUAUUCCUCAUUUAUAUGAUGUUAAUACCUUUCAAUGUUAUUUACCUUCCAAUUUUCAAAACUUGAAUACGAAUUCAGCCAUCAAUCAGGUUAGAUACUCUUUAUCUGGUAGCUUAUAUGUGACAGCCUCAAAAGAUGGCUCUGUUCUUUUGUGGGAUGGGGCGACAGCACAAUGUGUACGACAGAUUGUUGGGGCUCAUGGAUUGACAGAGGCUACGUGUGCAAGUUUUACAAAAGAUCAGAGAUAUGUGCUCUCUUGUGGGAAGGAUUCUACAAUAAAACUAUGGGAAGUAGGAACUGGAAGGCUUGUAAAGCAGUAUUUGGGAGCAGUUCACACUCAAUUACGCUGUCAGGCUGUCUUCAAUGAAACUGAGGAAUUUAUUCUAUCCAUUGAUGAACUAAAUAAUGAGGUGGUGAUAUGGGAUGCAUUGACUGCUGAGAAGGUGGCAAGAUGGCAUUCCAAUCAUGUAGGUGUGCCUAGAUGGAUAGAGCACUCUCCAACUGAGCCAGCUUUUGUUACCUGUGGGAUUGAUAGGUCUGUCAGAUAUUGGAAGGAGAUAUCGUGAUAAUCUCAAGGUUAUUCGUAUUUCACUCGAUCACCACUUUUCUCCUUGGGGUUUUCUAAUUCUCCUAAAAGUUCUCCCUAGUACUGAGUCGUACGGUUCAAGUUCUGCAGCUCCCGAACUACACAUUCAAAUCUAAAGACUUAACUAAUAGGACAGAUAUCCAGUACUUGAAGCACUCAAAAAUAUUUUUAAUAUUGUAGAUUUUCUUUUAAAUAGACACACUAUAAGUAUUCAUGUUUGUUUUGAGGGCUGUUUUAUUAUUAAAUUAUAUGCAGAAGGGAUUUUUAGUUCUAGCUUCUUGAUAGAACAUGGGAUGUUGUAUUUGCAGAGGACAUUCAUAUCUUUCUUAUUUAGUGAAUUGGCACUCUUUUUUGGAA